AUGGAGAACGUUGCAGAAGCGUCUCCUCCGCCCGGCGGCCCAGCGCCCAACCCUGCGGAUCCUCCGAGCCCGACUUCCCCAGCUGAGCCGGCGGGCGAUGCUGCUGCUCCAGUAGAAGCAGACGAAGAGAACAAGACCGUGUUUUCUGAGCAGACCUGCUUCGAGGAAGAGUCUUUGGGUGAUGUGACAGAGGGCAGCACGGACCUGGAAGCAGCAGGGCUAGACCUUGACAAGCUCAAUGCCGGUGGUUCAAGCCUGGCUCUGCUGUUGCAGAAGCAGCAAGAGGGUCGGCUGGGGGCCCUCCGGCAAAUGUGGCAUUGGGCGCAACAGCAACUACAGCAGAUCCAGGUCCUACCACUGCAGCCAGCAUGGCCUUGGAUGGUUACGACAGCAAACGUGACUACCAAAGGAAGGUUCGCAACAAGUAAGGAGGACGUCAGAAGCGAUCAGGUGGUUGGGACUGGUGUCCGCGAAAUUGGCAUCGUGGUGGACCAGGAGGCCCUGAUGGACCAAGUGGUUCUGGUGGGCCUGGACCGUCGGCUGGAAGCUCCUCGUCCACGAUUGUCGCUUGAAAAAGGUGCGUUUGCGAAUUGGCUGGGUUGGGAGGUUCUGGAAAGGGUUAAGUGGCGCUGCGGCUCUUUGGGCCGCCCUUUUUCACCCCAUGGCAGCGGCUCACUGGGCCGCCAUUGCGUCUGUUUGCGGCCUGCGGCUCUUUGGGCCGCUGGGCGUUGCGGCUCACAAGGCCGCCGCUUCUCUGGGUCAGCGGCUCUCUGGGCCGCUGUUUGGCAGCGGCUCCAAGGCCGCUGCAUCGCGGCUCUCUGGGCCGAGGUUUGGCAGCGGCUCUAUGGCCCGCUGCGGCAGCGGCUCUAUGGGCCGCUGCAUCGCGGCUCUAUGGGCCGCUGCAUCGCGGCUCUCUGGGCCGCUGUUUGGCAGCGGCUCUAUGGGCCGCUGCAUCGCGGCUCUCAGGGGUCGCUAGCGGCUGUCUGGGCCGCUGAUAUGGGCGCGGCUCUUGGGGCCGCUGCCUGCUUGCGGCUCUUGGGGCCGCUUGCUGCAGCUUCGUUGGGCUCUGGGUCGACUGCGCGGCUCGCUGGGCCGCUGGCGGCCAUGGGCUGCGAGAUUGUCCGGGCCUUAUUCUCGCUGCAAGCGAGUGUGGAUCGCCUGGAUCUUCCGGGCAGGAAUACCCUUUGGUUCAACAAAAUGCAGUCGAUGCACUCACAUGGAACUCGAACUUUGUCUUGGCAUGGGAUUAGCUUGCGCCAUGCAGCCUACAGCAUGGUGAGCCUAUGCCCUAAGAAGAAGAUCAGCAAGUUUUUGAAGGCCAUUUCCCUUGGCGCAGUGCGAGCUCCGGUGGAUGGUCGCUCCUUGAACAUUGCCAAACCGAAGCCCAAAAGGGAUGACUGCAAUGUGUUCUUCUCAUUUCUCUAUGAGAAUUUGUCUGAACCUCUGGCCUUGGCCCGAGACCAAGUAGAGGACGAAGAGGUGGCAGAAGAGGAAAGCUACAAUGUUGAGCGCAUUGAGGCCCCACAAUGGCUCUUGGAACAAGAUUUUCUGGAAGUGCCAAUAGAACUUGGCCAUGUCGCUGCAGGCAGUGCUGACAAGCGUCUAGUGGAGAAGCGGUGGUUGCCGACAAUGAGCCUCGCUGAAAUUUAUGACCUGUACAAGGACAUGCGUUGCGACCAUGCUGAGUUGUCAUCCUGGAGCUCUUUUUCCAGGGCAUGGAAAGACUGGCAGCAAAUCAUUGCCAUUCGCCCUGCUCAAGUUCAUGCUCGCUGUGAUGACUGCGCCAAAUACGCAAAGUACCGGCAGCUGCAUUGCGACAAUGAAGCUGAUUUGAAGGCUGUGACGAACGCCUACAACAAGCACAUCAAGGAAGUCUUUGCCGACAGGCAUGUCAUGACUCUGCUGGAAAACAAAGUCGAGCAAAGCAUGAAGCAGGGAGAGCAAGAACUACCGCAUUUGGUUUUGGUGAUUGAUGGGAUGGACAAGAGCAAGUGGUUAUUACCAAAACUCGUUGAGAACACCAAGAGAAUGUCCAUGCUUCGGCGGCCAUCUUUGCAUCUUGUUGGCGUGAUGAUCCCUGGAGUUCUGGAAUUCAUGGCGAUUCUUGAGCCAGAUGUGAAGGGCGAUUCAGAUUGUCAACAGACAUUGAUCUGCAGAGCUAUUCAACUUGCAGAGGAGCAACUUUUGCGCAGCGGUCGGUCUUUGCCAGGAAGACUUGUCAUUCAGUUUGACAAUACGAGCAAAGAGGGUAGAAACAGUCAAAUGCUCCUUUGGUCAUCGAUGAUGAUCAAAAUGAAAAGGUUCACAGACAUCGCAUUUGGACUGAUGCGUGUAGGACACACGCACAACCGCUUGGAUCAGCGGUUCGGUGUGAUUUCCGCCCUUCUUCGUCGUGCGUCUUGCUUGGAAACGGCUGAGGACUAUCAAGCCUACAUCCUUGAGCAUUACAAGCCUGCUCGAGGUCUGCCAUUGAUCUGUGAGGUCAUCACGGCGUGCCAUUGUUGGCGGGAUCUCAUGGCCCCCUUGGAGACGGCCUUCACUGGAAUCACCGGAAGCAAGACUACUGCAGACGCAGCCCAUGUGAUGCGAGUGGUGGCCAGGAAGGACGUUGCUCAUUGCGUGCCAGGGUGUGUUGCUGAAGAGGGCGAUGAUUUCGAUCCUGUUUUGUUGGCCAAGCACUGGUUGUGUUCAAAGGUGUUGUCACAGCCACCGACUGUGCAGUUAGAAGGGAAAGCGAAGGUAGAUUUGUCUUUGCUUCGCACCAUGCCGGCCCCGCGCGCAUGGCUCACAGAUGAGUCGCUCAAGAAGUAUGCGAAGACAGCAGAGGAGGUGUUGCAAAAGCCUUGGCAGUUGCAUGCCGCUUUCUCUUACUUUCAGGAUUGGUUGCGCAGAAACGGAGAACAGAUACCUGGUAAGCUCCCGGACAUCGAAUGCAUCAUCAAUGGCAGGGACUUUUUGGAGCCUACCGGUCCUGAGGUGACUGCAACUUGGAAAGACUUUGCUCCAGAAGGAGCGCUGGCCAUUCGAGAAGUGCGUGCAAGACCCAAGACUUAUGGCCCGAAGAGACCGCCCAAGACCGAUGGCUCGAUCACUCCUAGCAGCGAUGAUGGUGCUCCAGGGGUUUUUGCCUCCUUCCGCCGGUGCUACAGGACGAGGCGGUCUUGCUAUUGCAAAGAUCCGAGCGGAGGCGGCUCGGGGGAUCCCCACAUCCAAUCGUUGCGCGGUGCUCACUAUAGCCUCUUGAAGGAAGGCACCUUCCUUGCAUGGAGCUUUUCCAAAGCGCCAGUCGAGUGGCAGCUCUAUGCCCACUACGCAGGUUCAACAUUCACCACCCAAGGGCUCUUGCUCUUGGACAAGAGUCUUGGACGUCGCAUGGAAAUGACCGCGGAGGAUUGUCAAUGGCGCAGCCAUCACGGGGAGAAGUGGCAUGCUGUCUCUGGUGGACUGGAGCUCCCUUGGAAGGUGCAAACAACUAACCUGACAACUCCCGACCUCGUGGUGAUGGGCUCCGAAAUCAGUUUCAGCAUGGAAGGUCCCCAAGGUCAGCGCAAGGUGGCCCGUCUCCUGUCCCACUGCACCCCUCAUGAUCAUUUGGACUUCAAGCUCACCAUGUACGAGAAGGAAGACAUUGACUACGUGGAUGGUGAACUUGGAGUUGACCCGCAAGUCUGGAACAAGUCCUCCCUCUUCUACUCCAAAAGCAGCCAAAUGCAGAUGCGAAACGAUCUCGAGUUUGAGGCGUCCGAAACUUGGGCCAACUUGGGUGGCAGUGAGGCUGCAGCGGAAUAUUUGAAGAAGAAACAGCAGGAGCAGGCCGGGGCUUCUUUGGUGCUACGUAAAGACUGCGCCACUGAAUCUGAGAUUCGGGCAGCCACCAAGAUCUGCGCCAAGUACUUGAAGAAAAGCCUCAACGAGGACGUCUUUGCCGACUGCGUCUUCGACGUUUGCCAUGGCGGAGGCGAGGCGGAGGCGGAACGUGCCGCUUUGCUUAUUUCAGGUUAG